CACGGACCCCGCCGCGGCGCCGCCACCGCCGCCAUGACCCACUUCAACAAGGGCCCCUCGUACGGGCUUUCCGCCGAGGUCAAGAACAAGAUUGCUUUGAAAUAUGAUCCCCAGAUAGAAGAAGAUCUUCGCAACUGGAUUGAAGAAGUUACUGGCAUGAGCAUUGGGGCAAACUUUCAAUUGGGUUUAAAGGAUGGCAUCAUACUAUGCGAGCUUAUCAACAAACUUCAGCCAGGAUCAAUAAAGAAAAUCAAUCAGUCCAAACUAAACUGGCAUCAGCUGGAGAACAUUGGGAAUUUUAUCAAAGCCAUACAACAAUAUGGCAUGAAACCACAUGAUAUUUUUGAAGCAAAUGAUCUAUUUGAGAAUGGAAAUAUGACUCAGGUUCAGACAUCACUAGUGGCACUAGCAGGUCUGGCAAAAACCAAAGGAUUUCAUACUACAAUUGAUAUUGGUGUUAAAUAUGCAGAAAAACAAGCAAGAAGUUUUGAUGCAGGAAAGCUCAAGGCUGGGCAAAGUGUGAUUGGUUUGCAGAUGGGAACCAACAAAUGUGCCAGCCAGGCAGGCAUGACUGCCUAUGGGACUAGGAGACAUCUCUACGAUCCAAAGAUGCAAACUGAUAAGCCAUUUGACCAGACAACAAUUAGCCUGCAGAUGGGUACUAAUAAAGGGGCCAGUCAGGCAGGGAUGCUUGCACCAGGGACGAGGAGAGACAUUUAUGACCAGAAGCUCACAUUACAACCUAUGGACAACACUACUAUUUCACUACAAAUGGGCACCAACAAAGUGGCUUCCCAGAAGGGGAUGAGUGUGUAUGGGCUUGGACGGCAAGUGUUCGACCCUAAGUAUUGUGCUGCACCAACAGAACCUGUCAUUCAUAAUGGGAGCCAAGGAACAGGAACUAAUGGGUCGGAAAUCAGUGAUAGUGAUUAUCAGGCAGAAUAUCCAGAUGAAUAUCCCAGCGAAUACCAAGAUGAAUAUCAGAGAGAUUACCACGGUCAAUACAGUGACCAAGGCAUUGAUUAUUAGAUUUGCCUCAAAAGCUCAGUAUUAGUUUAUUGUUUUAUUCAGUAAAAACGAAACUAGCCUUGUGGAAUUGUUACCCAUCUUCUUUACACAUUAUGCUUCAUAUACCUAAGGAAAUAUUGCCUUACAUAACAUUCCUUUUUCCUUUCUCUGCCCUAUCCCUCUCUAGUUGCCUUUAGUGCUGUAACAGUUGCAGUCUACAGCAUAACCAAUAACUGCAUAUGAAGUAAAAAGGAAUACUGUGAAAGGGGAGUUCUCUUAUACAGCCAAGUCUUUUAAUAAUAAAAAACAAACUAUGCAUUUUUUUACAAUCUUGUUCUGAAAUAGGCAUCUUACAUACCAUACCAAGCCUUUUCUUUUUUCUUU